CGAGUCUGUUUGAUGAGAUGAGCGAGAGUAUACGAGUGAGAGUUCCAUUGGCGUUGGACAGAAGGUGGUCGCGCUUCGACGCGUUCGGUGCCUUAGAUCCCAUCUUUCUUCGUCGAUCGGCUUCAGUUUUGGCGACAUUCGUGCGAGGACCCCAAAAGUUGUUCCGGAGGGCGUGGUCAGCGAUGACGUCAUCAUUUGUUCAACGAUUCGGCCAUUGUAGUACAACCAGAUGUGUAAUCGCUGCCGUAUCACUCUCGUGUACUCUAUACUACGUGUUGAAUGCACACAACUGGGCACAUUAUGCCAACAGAAAGAACGAACCUUGUAGUCGCAAGCCAGAGGAUCUCCUGAGGUUGAUCCGGACUGUACAUUUAGUCGACGAUGCUCUGAACGAAUUACAUCUAACGCACUAUCUAUUAUAUGGGAGUCUAUGGGGUGCAUUAAGGGUCAAAGGCCCGUUACCGUGGGAUACCGAUGCCGAUAUUGGAAUCAAUGGAGACGAACUGUGUGCAUGUGAAUCAAUGCGAUUUAAAAAGGCGUUCACGAAACGUGGUUUGAGUGUGAAAUAUGUGCCUCUGCAUGGGAGAUAUCGUGCGACCGACGGACACGAGGAGAUUGAUAUUAUGAUAUUCGUCGACUACUGGAGAGACGGCAUGAUGAGGAGAACGGGUUGGGAAACGUGGCCGUUCUUUGUCAACUACAGGUGGCAUCACACGUUCCCUUCGUGGCUCGUCGAGCCGCCUCUACCUCAAGUACCGUUCGCGGGGAGAAAUAUGAGUGUCCCAAAAGGCGGAGUAGAAAUACAGAAAUGGCUGUUUAGGAAUAACUGGUGGAAGGAGACGAAACCGCUCGGUUGUUAGGUAUAUAGGCGACUAUAGUUUGUUGCAUUGGUUGUCGCACAGUCGGUCAACCAAAAAAUGUACAUUAAAGGUUUAAUACGUUGCAGGUAUAUUGAAAACCUGGUCUAUAUAAUAGUUAUCGGUAUACUUGAAUUGGUACGGGGCUGUAGUUUUGAUGAUGAGAAAGAAUGCGCGCUGUGGAUAUUUCUGUAUUGUUUACAUGAAUGGUGCAACACUGAAUGAGCAUUGUUUACGUGUGUGGUAACACUGGAGGGGCAUUGUUUACAUGA